AUGCUAGCUCGUUACCACAACAUGAUGGCUGUUUCUACAAUUCAUGCCCUUGAACUUUUAUCCCGUGAAAUUAAAUCUAUAUUUACCCAUGCUUCCAUGGUGACGCGAAUUUCAGAAAUGUUGAAUUACUUCCUCCUGCACUUGGUUGGUCCAAAACAGAAAAAUUUUAAUGUAAAAGACAAAAAUGAAUAUGAGUUUAAGCCUCAGCAGAUAGUAUCUGACAUUUGCCAAAUCUAUAUCAAUCUUGGGGAAGAUGAAGGAUUUUGUUUGGCUGUCUCAUCUGAUGGCCGCUCAUACUCAAGUGGGCUGCUUGCCAAAGCAACACAUGUUUUACGGAAAAUAGGACGUCUUCCUCAAUUCAUUGACAGUUUUGAAGAACUUGACAAAAAAAUCAAGGCAUUGGAAGUAAAACAAAAAGAGGAGGAUGAAAUGGUUGCUGAAGCACCAGAUGAAUUCCUUGAUCCAAUUAUGGGAACUUUGAUGAAAGAUCCUGUUAUUCUACCCACAUCUCAAACUGUUCUUGAUCGUACAGUCAUAGCACGGCAUCUCUUGAGUGACCAGUCUGAUCCAUUUAACAGGAAGCCACUGACAAUGGACAUGGUUAUUUCAAAUACAGAACUGAAAGAAAAAAUACAUAAAUGGCUAAAUGAUAACAAGUCUAAGUGA